AUGCCACCCAAGAAGAAGUCGUCACUUAUUGGAAAGUCCCUGAAGCGCUCCAACGCUCGUGACCGCCGUGAGCGUCGAGAAAAGGAGUUUGAAGGUAAGAGUCAAAUGGAAGGUAUCAAUGUGAAUGGCACAUCUGGCGGAAUGUCCGUCACUGAGUCGUGUGAUUUACAAGAGCUUGUCGAUAAGGUUGCUGCGACGAACACUGCGUUCGCCGUUGAGAAACAAUACAACGUGGUGUACAACAAGAAAGCUGUGACCACUGUGACCGAGAAGUCGAAUGAAGAAUUGGAGCAAAUUCGGUCUACAUAUGCUCUGGUCGUUCCGCGACGUGCAAUCUGGAAAAGUGAGAUGAGUGCUCAUGAAGUCGACCAGAACGAGCAGAAGGAGUUUAUGGACUGGAAAAAGAAAUUAUACGAAUUGCAGAACGAAACGAAACUGCUUCUCACUCCAUACGAAAAGAAUAUUGAGUUCUGGAGGCAACUUUGGAGGACUUGCGAACAAAGCGAUUUGGUUUUACAAAUUGUUGAUGGAAGAGAUCCACUUUUUUAUUACUCAAGAGAUUUAGUUAAGUAUAUUAAAGAACUUGGAACUAAAAAGGCUGGUAUUUUAGUUAACAAGGCCGACUUAUUAACCGAAAAUCAGAGAAGAUUGUGGUUGAAAUAUUUUGACGAAAACGGGAUUCGAGUUCUCUUUUACUCAGCGCUGAAAGAAAACAAGGAGAUUGAAGGAAAGGAAGAAAAAAGGAUGAGAAGAAGAAAAAAACAGGGAGAUUUUAUGGACGAAACGGAGAGUGAUCAUGUCAAUGAAAAAAUCGAAAAGAAAGAAAAUGAGAGUGAUGAGAUUGCAAUGGCAGAACAAAAGGAGAUAAAAAGCGAGAAAAUUGAGGGAAAACAACAAGAAAAAGAGGAAGAUAAGAACAGUAAGAAAGAUGAAAAGAUCACAAGCGAUAACUUGCAACACGGACAUACUGUACUGACGGCGGUAGAACUUAUCGCCGAGCUCACACGACUUGUUGCCGAUAUCCCAAAGAAUGAGAAGAACCUACGAAAGGUCAUCGGGUUCUGUGGAUUCCCAAAUGUUGGAAAGUCAUCAACAAUUAACUCCUUGAUUGGCGUGAAGAAAGUUGGCGUGACCUCGACACCAGGAAAGACAAAGCAUUUCCAGACGAUCAUCCUUAAUGACGAAAUGAUGUUGUGUGAUUGCCCAGGCUUGGUGUUCCCAUCUUUCUUGUCAUCAAAGGAAGAGAUGAUUUGCAGUGGUGUACUUUCUAUUGACAGAAUGCAGGACUGCAUUGGACCAAUGGAUUUGGUAACACGACGUAUCAGCCCGACUAUUCUUGAGAAGUUUUACAAAUUCACUAUGCCAAAGCCAGAGGACUUCUUGGGAGAUUUUAUCGACUGUUUUGAGUCCCGAACACCUUCACUGGCUGAGUUGUUCUUGGCUGGGUUUGCAAAGAGUAGAAGAUACUACACCAACACACGAGGGCUCUUAGAUUACCACAAAGUCGCAAGAAUUGUUCUUAAGGAUUAUUGUUGUGGAAAGUUAGUGUACUGCAAACCACCACCUGGCACGUCAGACGAGGUCUUUGAGGCAGCAAGAAUCAACACCAGCAACUU